GCUCGACACACUUAGUACUUUUAUAAUAUAACGUAAUUAUUAAACCAAAUCAGUCGUAUAUUUUCCAUUUUUGAAAUCCUCGUCCAACAACAAGAUGAUACUUGUGCGUGGCUAUUUCGAGAUCGCUGAAUUGCUGGCCGCCUUCUUUGGCUCUGUGAUCUUUUACCUUUCUGGCUUCUACAUAGUACCGCUGAAGGACGCCCCUGAUCUGUCGACGAUUUUGUUCAUCCUGUCGGUUGUGCUUCUAUUGAACCAUGCGAGGGUCAACUUAUUUGCGCCUUUAGACGAACUGUGGCGUUUAUUUCUGGAAUUGGGAUGUUUUUAUCUGUGCACCCAGUUUAUAGUGCUAUGCGUGUGGGAGCCAUUCCAUUUUCUACUGCAUGUGCUACGGGAUUCCCUAAUGAACACUCGACCAGUUUUGAAUCUCCUGGUCGAUUAUCCCAAAGUGUUCGUGUUCCUUCGUCAGGACUGUUGGUACUUUUUGAAGCUGCUUACCGCCAUAGCGAUCACACUCAUGACGGUAAACUUUACUCAUGCCUGGGAUUAUGUGUAUGGGCGGCGUCGGUAUCAGUACGUGGAACGCGCACUUCGUGAUCGAAAAUACGUCGAUUUUUAUAAACGCACUCGUCGGUACAUCAAUACUAGGAUAAAGCCAAGGUGGAUACGCGAAGAGCUAAAGAAAUCUUUGAUAGAUUACUAAGAGCUCAAAGUGAAUUAAUGGUUGGACGAGGUGCAAGGCUAUCUUGCACAAUGGUCACAGGUGCAGUGCACCCAAAUUGAAGGCCCCAUUCAAGAACGGCACACGCUUUCUACCGUAUUUGCAUGCUUGAAAGAACAGAGCUAUUUAGACUAAAUAUCAAUAAUUAUUUAAAUUUCGCGCCCUCAACCUUUAACCAAUCGAUUAAAAAAAUCGAAAUCACUUGUAUCUCAUCCCUAGCAAAAGAGAACACCAAACCAAGAUCGAGCAUAAAUAAAUAAGUCGAAUAAAUAGACAAAAAA